AUGUCGCGCAUAUACAAAUUUGGGAAGAAUUUGAAUGUUUUUCGAAAUAACGAUCAAAUGACAACAACACCAAUUAUUAAAGUCGUCGAUCUCUAUCGACAUGAAUUAUUAAACGAUAGUUUUGGUGUUGAAUGGAUGGAUGAUAAUGAUGAAAAUAAUCCAACUAAUGCUAAAUAUUCAAUCAUUUCUAUCCGAUCAGUAUUCAAUAAUCAUAAUGUUCAUUUACCAACACAUAUCUGGCGAUCGCUUUCGAAAGUUGUACCCGGUGAUAUCGUUGUCGAAUUAAAUGGCGUAAGCACAGCUGGUCAAACAGUUGUUGAAUUAGAGAAGAAUUUGAAACUCUCUGGUAAUCGAAUUCGUAUACGUUUGAAAUCAGAUUGUGGCCUUGCUUAUACAUCAUCCAGUUUGACUGAUUCAUCGUCAACACAAGUGCUUGACGAAGACAAUCUAUCUGAUACAGAAUAUUGUCGACGCGAGAAGAAAAUAUCUUUACCACAACUGAACGGUCAUUCACAUUAUUCAAUGCUCAAUGGUUAUAAUCAAUAUGUGCAAUCUGAAAGAAGUCGUUCAUGUGAAAACAGUCUUGAUUCAUGUGGACAAAAAUGCACCGAUGAAUUAGCAAUCUCAUCAUCGUCAUUAGUCGAUCUACCGCUUCCAUUGGCAAGUCAUGCUGAUUAUGAUAAUCUUGCCAGUGUAAAUGGAACUAAUCAUGUAAACGAACAAUCAUCAUUAACUAAACCUGUACCUCAAUCAACAUCACCUAUAUCGUGUGAACUUGACCAGAAGACCAAAGACGCGAUAGAUGCCAGAUUGAAGGAUAUAGACGAUGAAUUCGACUUUAAUUUACCGGUUACUUGGGAAACAGUUAAUAAAUCAGUUGAUCUUCCAUCAGCACGUCGUUUAGCGAAGCGUCUCUAUGCCUUGGAUGGUUUCAAAUCAACGGAUGUCGUUCGACAUCUAUGCAAAAGGAACGAUUUUAACCAAUUGGUGGCCGAAGAAUAUGUCAAAUUAUUCGAUUUUCAAGGCGAUACACUCGAUCGAGCAUUGAGAAAAUUUGUGAAACAAUUUACGAUUAUCGGAGAGACACAAGAUCGCGAACGUGUGCUUCAUUUCUUCGCAGCAAGGUAUCUCGAUUGUAAUCCAACGACGUUUACUUCUGUUGAUGCUUGUCACAUGUUAACAUGUGCAAUCAUGUUGCUCAAUACCGACCUUCACGAUUCAAAAAUCUCAACAAAAAUGACAUUUCAACAAUUUAGUGAUAAUCUUCAAGAACUGAAUGAUGGAGCCGAUUUCUCGAAAGAUUUACUUAAAUCUUUAUACAAUGCGAUUAAAAACGAACAACUCAUGGACGAAACAGCACUUGGUUCAGAUGAUUAUAAUGAUGUUCGAUUAGGCGGACAUGGAACUCUACAUGGAUAUAGUAAUUGUGUAAAUCCAUUUUUAGAAAUUCCUGAUACAAGUAAAAGUGUUGAAUACAUGCAGGGUUAUGUGAUGAGAAAGUGUUGUGUGGAGUCGGACGGGAAGCGAACUCCAUUUAUGCGUCGUAGUUGGAAAGCACAUUUUGCUAGUUUACGCGAUAUGGUUCUUUAUUUACAAAAGAAUGAUCAACAUCCUGCAACAAUACUUGUUGGUGAUACAAACGCUAUACGGUUACAUCAUGCACUUGCCUACGAAGCAACGGAUUAUCGUAAACGGCAACAUGUAUUUCGCUUGAAAACUGCCGAUUGGGCUGAAUAUUUGUUUCAAACAAGUGAUCAUGAAUUGAUGAGAAAAUGGAUUGAUGCAAUUAAUUUAAUUGCUGCAUCAUUUUCUUCACCACCAUUACCAGCAGCUAUCGAUUCAUCGUCGAUUCACUUUCAACGACCACUUCUACCAAGUGUUCAAACACGUUAUUCUGUUUUUGAACAAUAUGAAUAUAUUCUCAAGCAAAUCAAUGAAAUAUCUCGCCAGUUGAAUGAUUUGAAAACUCAAACGUGUACGUCGAUCAAUAAUGAAAAUAUCAUCAAUAUAAAUGGAGAUAUUAAACAACAGCAACCAGUGACAAUGAAAGCACGAGAUAUGAUUGAAAAUAAAGCUCGAAUGGAUUACUAUCACUACGAAUUAAAACGAUACGAAGCGUAUGCUGAUCGCCUUCGACGACAUUUUCAACAAUUACAAUUGGAUCCAUCCUGUAUGAAGCCGCCCAGUCCCAAUCAUGCACUCGAUUCUUCAAAUUAUUCAGGACCUAUCGAAGCCUUUUCAGGUGUUCAUAAUAUUCAUCAACAAACGUUCUCUUCCCAUCAACUUAUCCCAACUCGGACGUCAUCAUCAGUUGCGUAUAAAAAGAACGGACAAUCAGCCAAUUUGACUAUAACAAAUCCUAACCGUUAUAGUUACAUGAUGGCAGUCAAUACUCAUCCAGUAACGAUGAGUGAGCAUCAGCUAUGA